AUGAGCAAUGACUCAGCAAACCUGUUGAUGAAUUGGGAGGAAUUAACGCCUGGAAACUGUUAUAUCUCUUACACAACCAACCCUAUGUUAGGUGACUAUGUUUUGAAUGUAUCAGCAAUAAACGGCUGCACGGAAGAGUUAGUGGCAACUCACCUAGUGCCAACUUUGGAGAAUGCAACGCAGUGGGUUCACGAAAUGGGUGAAUACUGGGAUAGUCUCACUUUUGCUGAUGAGAAUGGUACCAGUUUACCAGAAUACUACUAUUUCUUUCAGGAGAAUGAAGAACAAUAG